AUGGUCGCCAAUCACGGUCUCACGGGGAUGCUCGGGGAAGAUGGAAUCCACGUCGAUAUGAAUCACUUGAAAAGCGGCGAGGUCAACCUAGGAACAUCCAUCAUGGCCAUCAACUUCAAGGACGGUGUUAUACUGGGCGCGGAUAGUCGGACAACAACCGGAGCGUACAUUGCCAAUCGAGUUACCGAUAAAUUGACCCAGGUUCACGAUACCAUUUGGUGCUGCCGAUCCGGAUCAGCUGCAGAUACACAAGCCGUUGCCGACAUUGUCUCGUACCACCUGAACAUGUACUCCAUCGUCAACAACGAGCCCCCAAGCACCCAGGUUGCAGCAGCGCUGUUCCAAGAGCUAUGUUACGAGAACAAGGACAUGCUAAGCGCUGGAAUCAUCAUUGCUGGCUAUGACCCUCGACAUGGCGGCCAAGUAUACUCGAUACCUCUCGGCGGUUCGCUGCACAAGCAGUCGUACUCAAUUGGCGGGUCUGGCUCGACUUAUAUUUACGGUUACUGUGACGCAAACUGGAGGGAGAACAUGACGGAGGAAGAAGGUAUCAAGUUCGUUCGGGGAGCACUACGGGAGGCGAUCAAAUGGGACGGCAGCUCCGGCGGAGUGAUCAGGUUGGUCGUCCUGACGGCCAACGGAGCGCAACGACACCUGUAUCUGCCAGACACCGACUAUACCGGGCCUGGAGUCACCAGAUAA